AUGACGAACCUUCACAAUAUUCUGGAUUGGUUCCUUAACCGAUCUGGCAAUCAAUCUCUCUCUCCCUCCCUCUCUCUCCCUCUCUCUCUCCCUCCCUCUCACUCUGUGUCUCUAAUUAUCUAUCUAUCUAUCUAUCUAUCUAUCUAUCUAUCUAUCUAUCUAUCUAUUCGAGACUGCUUUUUAAAUCUAUCUGUUGCUGUUGAAAUCUAUGUAUCUAUUUAUCUAUCUAUUCGAGACUGUUUAAAUCUAUCUAUCGAUUUGAGGCUGUUUAAAUCUAUCUAUCUAUCUAUCUAUUUGAGGCUUUUUAAAUCUAUCUGUGGCUUCUAUGAAUAUCUAUCUAUCUAUCUAUCUAUCUAUCUAUCUAUCUAUCUAUCUAUCUAUUUGAGGCUUUUUAAAUCUAUCUGCUUUUUAAAUCUAUCUGUUGCUGUUGAAAUCUAUGUAUCUAUUUAUCUAUCUAUUCGAGACUGUUUAAAUCUAUCUAUCGAUUUGAGGCUACUGUUUAAAUCUAUCUAUCUAUCUAUCUAUCUAUCUAUCUAUCUAUCUAUCUAUCUAUCUAUUCGAGACUGUUUAAAUCUAUCUAAACUGUUUAAAUCUAUCUAUCUAUCUAUCUAUCUAUCUAUUCGAGACUGCUUUUUAAAUCUAUCUGUGUCUGUUGAAAUCUAUCUAUCUAUUUAUCUAUCUAUUCGAGACUGUUUAAAUCUAUCUAUCUAUCUAUCUAUCUAUCUAUCUAUCUAUCUAUCUAUCUAUCUAUCUGUCUGUCGGUCUGUCUAUGCUGUAACAAUAAAAAUUUACCUUUAUUAUAUAAGGCUUAUCUAUAACACUGAUAAAUAUGUGUAA